AUGAAGUCUGCUGCCGUUGCUGCCUUUGGCCUCUUCGCCGGCCUGGCCUCUGCCAGCCAGCCCCUCCGCCAUAUGCACUUCCCCAGGGCCAACACCACCAGUGUUGCUGUUGACGAUGCUGCUCCCACGACCCUGACGGUCUUCGCCACUUCGGUCCACACCGUCAUCAGCUGUGCUCCCACCGUCACCAACUGCCCGGCUCGCCUCAACGCGACUGGCGCCGGCAGCCUGCCCGCCUCGGCCAUCACCCCCGUCGUCGUCACUGACACCAUUGUGUUGGCCACCACCGUCUGCCCCGUGGCCGAGGCCUCGAGCAUCUCCUCCUCUCUCCAGGCUGCUCACUCCUCUGGCCACAUCACCGGCUCUACCAUCAAGGGCACGCCGCCUCCCGCUGCUGUCACUCCCGCUCCCAACGCUGGCGUCACCGUCUCCGAUGUUGUCACCCAGAAGACCCUGACCUACACCAUUGGCAAGGGCGCUGAUACCUCCGUCGUCACCACCACCAUCCAGGCCACCACCCAGCAGACCAUCACCCUGACCAGCUCUCUCGGCAACGGUGACGUUGCGGCUCAGCCCACGACCACCACCACCGCUACCAGCACUGGCACCACCACCGUCACUGUCGUCCCCGAGCAGUCUGGCUCUGGCAGCUCCGGCUCCAGCACCGGUGGCGAUGUCCCUGCUGGCAACGGCGAGGGCUCUUGCGCCAACGCCCCUACCGUUACCGUGACUGUUGCCAAGGAGACCGUUACUGUCCCUGCCUCGACCGUCUACGUCACCAUUGCCCCCAGCUCUUGUGACUCUGGCUCUACUCCCGCCGUUACCGGCCAGGGCGUUGAGAACGCUGGCAACCCUGGCUCCAGCUCCGGCUCCAGCUCCGGCUCCAGCUCCGGCUCCGAGGGCAGCGGCUCCUCCGGCUCUGGCUCUGAGGGAAGCGGCUCCGAUGCGGCGGCCACCACCCCCUCUGCCGUCCUCAGCACCCCUUGCCCUACUGACAUCACGACCACCGUCCGUGCUACUGUCACCGUCCAGCCUUUCCCCGUCAACAACGGCACCGUCCCCAGCGGCGUCGCUCGCCCCUCGCCCUCCGGCUUCGCCCGUCUCCGCCGAUAA